AUGGCGAGUGGCUCACCGUCUGGAGCAGCGCAACAGCAGCAGCAGCAGCAGCAGCAGCAGCAGCAAGGGGGUGGCCGCGCACUGGAAGCCAAGGUUGUCAUUCUGGGCUCGCAAGGCGUUGGAAAGACCUCGCUCGUGCUACGAUACGUCCAGGGAACAUAUGCAGCAGAUAUCACGUCAACGAUCGGAGCAUCAUUCAUGACUCGGAAAAUGACGGUUGACCGCUGCCAAGUGCGGAUGCAGAUUUGGGACACCGCCGGCCAGGAGCGCUUUCGCUCGAUGGCACCCAUGUACUACCGUGGAGCAAAUGCCGCGUUGCUUGUGUACGACAUUACAGACGAACAGACGUUUGACGACAUCAAGUCUUGGGUAAAAGAACUGCAACACAACGUGGAUAGCGACAUUGUCCUCGUCCUGGUUGGCAACAAAUCCGACAUGGCGAGCCAGCGCAAGGUGUCUGGAGAAACUGCUGCCAUCUACGCCGAGGAAAUUAACGCCCUCUUCUUUGAGACAUCGGCAAAGGCGGAUAGCGGCAUUAGCGACGCCUUCUUGCACGCUGCUCGAGAAAUGAUCAAGCUGCGGACGGGAUCGGAUGAAGGUGACUCGAAUGUAGGUUUUGGAAGCUUCUCGGGACGUCCUGGUGGCGCCGGAUCUGCGACGGUUCGGCCAGGAGCAGGACAAGCUGGCCAACCGACCGGUACAACAGUUCAGGUUUCUUGCUGUGGUAGUUAACAGUUUGCGUGGAAUACAAAACAUUUGCGCCAACAAAAACCCUUUCGACUGAGCCAACACAGUCAAGUUGGUAACGUGUACUCAUACUGAACAUCGAUACAGAAGGUUUAAUUGAAACAAGAUGAAAC